AUGUCGAUGUACAACUUCAAAAAAAUCACCGUAGUCCCUACGGCAAAGGACUUUAUUGAUAUUAUAUUAUCGCGAACUCAAAGAAAAACACCGACAGUAGUUCACAAAAAUUAUAAAAUCUCCCGUAUCCGGGCAUUUUACACCCGUAAGGUUAAAUUCUCCCAGCAGAGUUUCCACGACCGUCUGUCUAAGAUUAUCCAGGAAUUCCCGAAGCUUGAUGAUGUCCACCCUUUCUACGCGGACUUGAUGAAUGUCUUUGUUGCCAAGGAUUACGUUCGUCUUCUCAAGUACGGAGACUCUCUCUACAGAUGUAAACAGCUCAAAAAAGCGGCUUUGGGUCGUAUGGCCACCAUUAUGAAGCGACAAGCUGCUAACUUGACUUAUUUGGAGCAAGUUCGUCAGCAUUUAGCUCGUUUACCUAGCAUUGAUCCUUACACAAGGACUAUUAUUAUCUGUGGGUUUCCUAAUGUAGGAAAAAGUAGUUUUAUUAACAAGAUUACUCGUGCAGAAGUUGAAGUCCAACCGUACGCUUUUACAACAAAAUCAUUGUACGUAGGUCACACAGACUACAAAUAUUUACGCUGGCAAGUAAUUGACACUCCUGGAAUCUUAGAUCACGCAUUGGAGGACCGUAACGUAAUUGAAAUGCAAGCAGUAACAGCUUUGGCGCAUUUGCGAGCUGCAGUUCUCUACGUCUGCGAUUUAUCUGAGCAAUGUGGUCAUUCUCUGGAGGAGCAACUGAAGCUAUUUGAGUCGAUCAAGCCGCUUUUCGCCAACAAGCCCCUAAUGGUCGUUGCGAACAAGAUCGACGUGGUCGGCCUGGACGAGCUGUCCGAUGACAAGCGUGAAGUCAUCAAGAAAUUCGAGGAACAUGAUAUUCCCAUCUUGGCGAUGAGUACAGUCACUGAGGAGGGAGUGAUGGAGGUUAAACACGAGGCUUGUGAACGACUGCUAUCCUUCCGGGUUGACCAGAAGGUCAAGACCAAGAAAGUGGAAGGUCUGCUGAACCGUCUCCAUGUCGCAAUUCCUGCUCCAAGAGACAACAAAGUACGUCCUCCUUGCAUUCCUGCUAGUGUUUUGCAGAAAAAAGCAGUGGCUGCUGAAAAAGCCGAACGUAAACGCAAGUUGGAGCGCGAUAUUGAAGAAGAAAUGGGAGAUGAUUAUAUUCUUGAUUUGAAGAAGAAUUAUGAUAUUGAAGGCGAUCAGAAGUAUGAUAUUAUUCCUGAAAUUUGGGAAGGUCACAAUGUUGCUGAUUAUAUCGAUCCAGAAAUAUUCGAUAAACUAAAUGAAUUAGAAAGAGCUGAAGAAUUAAGAAUCGCUUCAGGAAUUUACGACUACAAGGUACCAGAAUUAACAGAAACAAUGAAAGACAUCCGUGCGAUGGCCCAACAAAUCCGUGAAAAGAUCGCAAUAGAUAAGCAAGAAUCGCUUGUCAACAAACAAUCUACAAAACCAGUAAUGCCACGAACCUCAGUAGCUCGCGGUCGCGACAGAAGUGUUCGUAAAUUGCGAGACCAGAUGGAAGGUCUCGGUGUUGAUAUGGAAGACACCGGAGAUGCUCACUUCACCAAGACUCGAGGAAGAUCCCGCUCGUUAUCUGGACCAGCUCGUAAGAAGCAACGUGUCGAGUCUGUUGUCUCGACUUCUCGUGCGCGCAGCAGCUCAAGACCUGCCAGAGAUGAAAUGGGUAUCAAGGAUGUUGUGAUGAAAUCCAAGCUGAAGAAUAUCGCUCACAAAGCUAUCAGGAAGAAGGUCGCGAAGAAAGGUCUCAAAGGUGAAGCCGAUCGUUUCAUCGGUACAAAAAUGCCUAAGCAUUUGUUUUCAGGCAAACGAGGUGUUGGAAAAACUGACAGAAGAUAA